AUGGAGGCCGAUGCGAAUGCUAAAUCCUACGAUGAACUCAGUGGACCACAAAUCGAAGCAGGUAGUCAAUUUAUCCGUGAGUUAAACCUCUCCUUGGGAGACAAAGUACUUGACAUGGGUUGCGGUACAGGCCAUCUCACUAAAUAUAUCGCUGAUAUUGUUGGCCCUGAUGGUCAGGUAGUCGGAAUCGAUCCCGAUGCUGAGCGAAUCAAAAUCGCUGAAGAGAAAUAUAAAGAAGUCGGUAAUCUUCAGUUCUGUGUUGGUAACAGUGUGAUUGGAUUUCCAAACGAUACUGAACCAUAUUAUGAUGUUCAUGUCAGCACGAAUGCAUUCCACUGGUUACUUGGUGACGAGAAAAUAAUUUACAUACGGAAAGCACAUCAAUGCUUGAAACAUGGGGGGAAGCUGGCCAUCUUCUGUGACGCAAAGUUUCCGAAUGAUGUUGAAGCUAUGACAGGAUUUUAUUCGUUAACGCAAGAGGGCUAUCGAGAUCUGUUUCAAGAGGUUGGUCUCUUUAACAAUGCUGUGGUAGACGGACCGAUCUGCCCAUAUCGAUUUAAAUCAUUUGAAGAAUUCAAGCGUUGGUUAAGGGUUUCAUCUCAUCAAAACACUGACGAUUAUCCGCUCCUUAUUAAGAAAUUUCUUAUCUCAGAAGAUGAUGGGCAAGUCAAUUUUGAACUACCAUUCAUUUCCAUCACGGCGUUCAAAACCAAUUAA